AUGGAAGGUAUGUUCCUUUAUACAGCUAUGAAUAAUAUAUUUCACAAUCAGUUCUCACUUGGAUUUCUUGCCCCAGAAGACAUAGCUUUGGCAAUCCAAGACGUAAUACAGAGGGAAAAUCUAACUUUUGGCCCGGCGGCUAGACAACUAGCUUUAUCCGUCUAUGUAACACAGUUAAUAAUUCAACAACGUGUCGAGUUUGUUCCCGCAGUCCUCUACCUAACGACAAAUCCUGAUGAAAUCGGACGCCUAGCAUUUACCACUAUAUACACUGUUCCAUCUCCGAAACAAUCAAAAUUCUCUGUCUUUAAACUAACAACAAUUCCAUUUCAACAUAAAUCUCGACCAGUUCAAUUACAUAGUAUGCCUGCUUAUUUUGGUUGCAAUGAAGAGAGUAAUUUAACGAUCGAAUGGUAUAAAGAUGACCUCGCAUUAUGUAAUUUCGACAUCAUGACAAAUUGUCGUGACACUCCUCCGAUUCACAGAGUUCCCUCAAAUAUCUGUCGUCAUCAAAUUCUUUCAAAUCAGACAUUAACAGGCUGUAACACUGAGAAAGUUCCUCCGGCUCCACACUUUGUGAAACAUCUUAAUGGACCAUCCUGGGCGGUAUCAAAAACGCCAAAUACAACAUGUGUGAUAGUACCCUCGCUUACAAUACCCGAUAUAUCACAACAAGUGUGGGUCGACAGUAAAAAUGUUCAAAUUCCUCCUGUAGCAGCGAUUAAUGUCCCAAAUGAGUCAACGAUAGUAUGUGCUGGCUUUAAUCUCCUUAGUCGACCCUCCUUUACCCCACUAUCAGGUGUGGUUAUUCUUCAUAAUAGUACAUUUACUGCAACGGAUGCGGAAGUAAUUGAUUUACAUCAACAUCUUAAUGAUAAUCUAACCUGGCCUAAACCCCCAUUUACCACUAGCGAAA